UGUAAGAGUGAGGUGGAGGAGGACAUUCCAGGAGAUGUCACCACAGAAAAUCCCAGUAUGAAUUCUGAUGGAAACUUCAUAUUAUCACUGAAUUAUAACUCAGAAGAUGAAGACAUUAUGCAGCGCUCUCCAGUAGAAAACCUUAAUGUACAUUCAGGACUUCACAGUACAGAUCUAUCAUAUAAUCCCCCUAAUCAUGAGGAACCUUCUAACCAAUCACAGAUUGUUACCACAAGUACAGGUCAGAAAGGGGUUGAAAGAUUUCAAUGCGGUGAAGAGUUCCCAAAAAGUUCAGGUCAUUCUUCAAACAGAAGAAUUCACACUGGUGAGAAGCCAUACUCCUGUUCAGAAUGUGGGAAGUGCUUUACAGAUAAAUCAAAUCUUGUUGCACAUGUGAAAGGUCACACAGGACAGAAGCCAUAUUCAUGUUCAGAAUGUGGGAAAUGUUUUACACGGAAAUCACAUCUUAUUACACAUGAGAAAAUUCACACUGGAGAGAAGCCAUACUCCUGUUCAGAAUGUGGGAAGUAUUUUACACAAAAAUCUGAUCUUGUUACCCAUGAAAGACGUCACACAGGAGAGAAGCCAUAUUCAUGUUCAGAAUGUGGGAAAUGUUGUACACAAAAAUCAGGGCUCAUUAAACAUCAGAGAAUUCACACAGGAGAGAAGCCGUAUUUAUGUUCAGAAUGUGGGAAGCGCUUUUCAGAUAAAACAAGUCUUGUUACACAUAAGAGACAUCAUUAA